UGUGCGGCAACGGGAUGCGUUUUACUCGAUUUGAUUUCGGAAUGAAUCUUUUGCGAUGAAUCCUUUGGUUUUUGGUGAUUUAGAAAAUAAGCAAAAAGAGCGAAUCAAAAUGUUACAUAUGUUACCGUUUCUGGCAUAUAUAUGUUACAGUUUCUGGCUUAUAGGACGCAGUGGACGAUUACGUUGUAUUUGCUACCCUCUCAGUGGCCUCAGCCCCAAAAUGAAGAACUCCUCCUCGCUAUGGAAGAGUUUGAUUUUGAAGAAAAGUGCAAUGAAAUCAGGAAGAUGGACAGAAACCUAGUUGUGACAGGGAAAUCCACUAACGAAAAUGAUAAAGAAGAACUCGACAACAAGGCUGAUGAUGAUGAUCCUGACAAUGCAGAGGAGUUUGAGGGCGAAGAAUUUGAGCAAGAAACUGGUUGCCGGCGGGGUGGAGGGGAGAGCGUGAGAUUACAGUUUUCUUGUAGAUCUUUUAAGAAGAGUUGAUAUUCAUAGUCCAUCUCAUCUUGCUCAACGCUUCCAUUCUCUUGAUAACUAAUCUUCUUUAUUAAAAUUGCAAGAGGAAGAUCAUUAUUACCAAACAAGUGAUAACCAGUAACAUAGUCACCAAGAGAAUUCUGAACACAAAUUUGACAGUUUGGAUAUCAAGUUAUUGGUGUUCCUGCAGAUACGUUCCUUCGUUUGUUGCUCAACAAAGACAUGUUAUUCCGUCGUUAGCGUUCCCUUCCACAUGUAAUUCUGAAGUACCAUCUUCACAUGAAUUGGAUAUAUCACCAACCCUUAAAGCAAUAGCCUCAGGAUAAACAAUUUGUAUGUUCUAUUAAAA